UUCCGUGGCAGGUUCGCUCACCUUUUUUUGCCCAAGGCUCAGGCUUCUAUUAAAUGUCUCCCAACAGCAGCGAUCAGCUCAUUCUUGCCCCGCCUCCUCGAGGAGCAUGCUGGGAAAUGUAGUCCGUCCCUCUACUACUUCCGGUCUCUGACAUCCAUGAUCCUCCCUGCCAUGGCAACCUUCAACCCAUAGGCAUAAGCAUUCUCCCUCCUGGCGUUUGCGGGGAGCAGCCAGUAGCAACAGGCAGAACGGCUUGAGGAGCCCGGACGGCGCUGCCUUGAGGGCUUGGAAGGAAGGAUGGCUUUUAGGAGGAGCAAGUGGAAGAAGAAAGGCCCUAAGCUUGAACUCAGCCCCGCUCAGAAGGAGCAGAUGCGCGAUGCCUUCGACCUGCUGGAUGCCGACGGCACCGGGACCAUCGACGUGAAAGACCUGAAGGUGUCCAUUCGGGCCCUGGGCUUUGAACCCACCAGAGAAGAGAUCAAGAGGAUCGUGAGCGAAGUGGAUAAAGAAGGCUCGGGGAAGAUCGGCUUCGACGCUUUUUACUCCGUGAUGACCAAGAAGAUGUCCGAAACGGAUCCCAAAGAGGAGAUCCUGAAAUCCUUCAAGCUGUUCGAGGACCCGGAAAGGGGCAAGAUCGGCUUUAAAGACCUCAAGCGCGUCGCCUCCGAGAUUGGGGAGAAGCUGACGGACGAGGAACUGCAGGAAAUGAUCACCGAAGCUGACCUGAAUGGAGACGGGGAAGUGAGCGAGCAGGAGUUUCUGAUGAUCAUGAGGAAACACGGCUACUAGCCCUUCUCGGCUUCCUCCGCCUC